AUGUCGUCUUUCUUGAAAUUAUUGUUUUCAAAGCAAGAAGCUACCAAGGAAGAGCCUGCUCGCGCAGGUGAAGAAAAGCAAAUCAAAAGGAAAAGCAAGAAAAAACAAAAAAAUGAUCCUGGAUGUACUCAAGAAAAAUGGGACGCAUUAGUGGAGAGCGGUGAAAAUUUGUCCGUCACGAUGGAGGAAUUGAAGAAGCACAAUACAAAAGACGACUGCUGGAUUGCUGUUCGAGGAAAAGUCUACAAUGUUACUGCUUAUGCUCCGUAUCACCCAGAUGGUGCAAAAAAGAUUUUUAAACACUCUGGCAUUGAUGCUACAAAGCAGUAUAUGAAGGCCCAUGCUGAUGUGAAUGAAGAAGAAAUGCUUAGAACCUGUUACGUUGGUCCUCUGGUUGAUCAUUAA